AGUGUUGAUUUGGGAACUAGAGCUAUUCACUGUGUUUACUCGUCAGCUUUAAGUUCCUGUUUGUGAAUCAAACUAAAAUAGGCACUGUCCCUACAGUAGCUAUAUUUCAACAGCAGUAGAAUGUAAAUUUCUGUCACGCUAUUUGAAGGAUAUUUAGAGAAUCAUUAUCUCGGGUACGAUGAAAAAGAAUUCUGCAGCUUCCAUCGUAAAUUCUGUCUACGGAUAAUAUGAAAGAGAUUAACACGCAAAAGGACAUACACAAUACCAGUAUUUUUCGCACUAGUCCGCGCGUGAGCGGAAUAUGAAGAGAGACGACUGUUAAAGGUAUGAAACACAGUCCUUCGGACAUUCUGGCUCUGGUACUUAACUGCUAGUUAUACAUCGCACCAAUAUUAAUGUCAUGUUCCACCUAUUCUUUCCAUACAACACAAGGCUUUAAAUCUUGUUACCGUAUACUACGUUAUUUUCAAACCCUCUUACUAAUAAUCAGUGUUCUACUUUUUAUGUAGCUCUAACGUUGACUCAUUUGUUACUGUCUAUUUUCUAAGCAUGAGUACGGAAAAAAUCCGUUUAGAGAAAAGAAGAAGACCGUACGAAACAUAAGUACAAGUCUACAGAUGGUCAGAUUUUUUGCUUAGUUUAGUUAUUGACCAACAGAUGGCAGUGUAAGUAAAAAAGCAACCCGACAAGUUAGAGGAGGAGACACUUUGAAAUAUAUCGAUUUAAAAAUAUAGUGGGACACUAUAACUUCGACUAUCGAACAUACAUGAAAGUGAUAACUUUUAUAUGGAGAAAUUAUUAUUUUAAUACCAUAAAGUUAUUAAAAGCUACUCUCUGUAAAUCGAGUACGAAAUGCCAAAUAUCGAUACUUUCGAUGGUUAUUGCUACUGCCAUUAGUUAUCGAUACUAUCGAUAGCUAUCGAUCAUGUUACCAGUAGGAUGUGAAACGUCAAACUCAAAACUACUCGGCGCCGAGCGUGGUCAAACGUCACUAUGAAGCGUGUAACAUGGCUGUAAACAACAGCGAUGAGGACCACGAAGGAGACUCGGAUGCUGAGCGAAUAGUGUAUGAAAAGUUUAUUGCGCUGAACCAAAACUUGAUCGACUGUGGAAUACACAUAGACGAAUUAAGAAACGUGACGUAUAGGAAAACUAGGACGAAAAGUGAUGGUGGCUCUGCACUACGUAGACCUCACAGUUUGUUUAUUUUAGUAACACUUGUUGCUGUUGCGUGUGUUAGUAUUGUACUGAAAAUACCAUUUGUGGAAUACAUCGUGCAGAGUGCCAUCGGUAUACGAUGUAUUUUACCCAACAAUUAUUUUGUUUGGGAAGCUACUAGACCUAUAACAGACUGUGAAAUGUGUAAGGAUGUGAAGGAAGUGCUUGUAUUUCACAAUAUUACUAGAGAAAAAUUUAAGAACUAUGCGUACAGUUCCAGACCGAUGUUAAUGAAAGGUGCUGCCUCAAAAUGGCCUGCAAUGCGUAUGUUUGAUUAUCAUUUUUUGAGAGACUUGUAUCAAAGAAUUGAUGGUGCUUACGAAAGUGUAGAGGAUGAGUGCCAGAUUUUAACUUUCAAGACUGAAUUCAAAACAUUAGAAGAAGUAUUUUCUAUGCCUGAGUCAAGAGUCAAACUAGAAGAAGGCCAGAAGCCGUGGUAUGUUGGUUGGAGUAACUGUCAUCCAGAAGUUCUGGACGUACUGCAUCAGUACUAUGAUAAGCCAGACUUCCUGCCAGAGGAUGCUGAACACUCUCGCACUGACUACAUCUUCAUCGGAUACCAACAGGGAGCUGUCAUGCAUAUUGACUACGUAAGCCGCCUGAUGUGGCAGGCCCAAAUUAAAGGGCACAAGACAUGGAAAUUGUUACCACCACCAGAGUGUGAUGAUGAUUGUUCACCAGUUAGCUUCCGUGUUGAACCAGGAGAUAUAGUUCUCCUGGACACACGGCAGUGGUACCAUGAUACCCAUAUAGACGAUGGAGAAAUGAGUCUUACAGUCAGCUCUGAAUAUGGUUAGAUACAGCAGAAGACAUGCAAGAAAAUUGUAUGACAGUACAAAAGUAGCUUUUAACCUCAGGAAUUCACAUGGUUAUGAUGAAAUUUCAGCAGUAAUUUUAAUUAGUUUGAUGACAAUAGCUAUACUAAUCACCACUACCCAAAAGCCAAACCAAAGUCCCAUCAAAUUGCCAUCAGCAACACUUAGGCUGUUAUGAAUAUUAGAAAGUGAUUAUUCUGCUUCUGAUUUAUACCACAAAUUGUUUCUAGUCCUUUUGUACAGCAGGCACAAUUAUUUCAUUUAAAUUUACGUAUAUUUGUACAUUACUAAGCUAGCACAAAGAAAUAUUUAUUACACAAAAGAGAAUUAUUUUUAUAUUAUAGACUUUACAUACUAUCCUAGUCAUGUGUAUAACCAUAGUUUUAGCUUCUCCAAAAGAAUUCUAAAGUCUUCAACAGUUUAUACAAACCGUUGUCACUUUUGUAUCAUAAAUGGAGAGAUUCUGAAAGUGUGUAGUGAUGAUGUCAUUCUUCUUCACAUGCUCUUUCAUUAUUUAUUCUUCUCAAUAUAAUGGGAAAGUACCAAUGGAUUAUGCACAAGACAUGAAAAGUUCAUUUCAGCUUUCUCUAUGGAAGUUACAUAGUGCAAAAGAGAUGCUGUAUUAAGUUUUUUGUUUGUUAGUAUAACUUAUGCAGCAACUGAAAACAGUCUGUCUUCCUAGUUAAAUACAUAUAAGAAAAAUUCUACAAGCCAAAGAUUUCAAGUUUUCUGUCUUCCAUAUUUCAUCAUUCUGUCUCUAAAUUUCUUGAUCUAUUUACACCAAUGGAGACUAGCCAUGUAUCCGUUUACAGUUGACAUGAUUUUGUAAGACCCUGUGACAUCUGUGCACAAUAGCUGAAAGUAUUACCAAAUUAUCAUUAGUAUCUAUGCCUUUUAUGUGAACAACUGUCUUAGUUUUUGUUAAAUAAUUAUACAUUUACUUAAAACACUUGUAAUGAAAAUUUCUUUCAUAGAAGUUUAAUUGUAAUAUUAGAGGUGCUGCCGUUACUACUAUUAUAUGUGCUUUCUCUGUUAUCAUUUUAAAGGCAUUUAUUGUUGUAUAUUACAUAUUUUAUACACUCAACAAUGUGUAUGGACUAGUGCCUCUUGAUUAAAUUCUAAUCUCUUACUAUUAAGACAUUAAGUAUAUUUAUUCAAAAUUGUGCUGCAUCUGACAAAUUUAAACACUUUUAUGGUGGAGUCCAUACCACAGUGCAUGCAUUACUUACAGCAAGUUAAAAACCAGCAUCUCUUUUUUUCCAUAAUUUUGCAGUGAUCAAGUAAAUUAUUUCAUCCAGUCAUUUUGUUUUAUAAUUGUAAAUCAGCAAUCUGGUCAUUAUGAGGUACACAUUAAUUAACAAAUGAACCAAAAACAAUGAUGGGUUUCAGUGAUGAACAAUUAUUCAAGAAUUACUAUACCAUAGAAAAACAGCUAAUAUAAAUUGCUUUUGCAUGUUACGUUAACAACGAAUUAGAAUUUCUUACCAAUAAAUCUAAUUAGUUGUACUCAGUAUAUCCUUAUUGCAAUGGUAGGAAAAAGCUACAUUGUAUUUAUGAAAAAACAUUUUCCAGUUAAUAUGAGGGUUAAUGCCAACACAACAAGUAUAGCAAUAAAGCACUGGAUUGGUUGGUAUGCCUAAGAUACAUGCAGGGGAGCUAAUACAUAUGCAUUCAUACAGCUGUGGUAACUAUCCCAUCUGUUGACACAUUCCCCUUUGUUCACCUUUAAAGCAGUUAUUUAAGAAUUGCUGCACUGCUUAUUUGUUUUUCAUUUAGUUAUUUAGCAUGUGAUGCAGUGUGUAUAUUGACAGCAUAUGGAAUAGAAUAAGAUCCUGUACAUCAAUAUGUAAUUACUACUGAUAUAAUAAACUUAAAUUAGUGUUUAUGGUACAAAACAGUAUAUUGCUUCUGAACAAUAUAGGCUACUGUUACUGGUGGUAACGUAACUAAGUAUUGGAAAUUACUGUAGUCAACUCACAAAUUUCUAUGGAAUGGAAGAACUUCGAAACAAGUGGCAACAAAAAUCUUCAUUUUCAUUAUUUUUAUUGCAGUUAUUCCCUGCCUAUAGCAAAUAGAUUAUAGUGAAUAAUAAAAAGCAAAAAAUGGAUCCACUUCAUUUGUAUAUUUUAGUUUACUAGUAUAUUUUUUGAAAUUAUAUGUCCCAUUGAUGAGGUUUUAAAGUGGUCGUAUAAGCAUUUGUUCAGUUCACGCGUAGAUACAUGUAGCAUCAAACUAUGAUUAUAUGACAAACAAUAAAGAAAUAAACCAUUAUUAAUUAAUAAUUUGAAGUAACUGACAUUCAGAGAAAGUUCAGAAUCCAUUUCUUUAAUGUAAGUUUCUCUUGUGAAGAAGAGACGUACCAUUUAUGUUGCAUGUGAAUUGGAAUAUUUUUUAUCAAUUACAAAUAUAUUUGACGCAGUGGUCAACAGAUUUGUAGAUUUCCUUUCAUAUGACAGCUCAAUGACAAGAAAAGUACAAUUUACUUAUGUGAUUUAAAUACAACUGUAAAUUUUUGUGAUUAAAAGCCACAUGAAAUGAUA